AACCAGCGGCAGAGGGCCCCUCCUCCUUCUCCCAUUGUUUUUAUUUCAUUCACCCACGCGACACCGCAGAAGCCACUACCCUUCUCUCUCACUCUAUUUGUACCACGCAAACGAAAGCCUCGUGACAAGAUUCACAGAACCUCACAAAGAAACGAGUUUUAGUCCAUUUAUUCCGUCCAGGCUCAUCAAAUCCAUGACCCUUUUCCGAUCCCUUUAGCAAUCACACAAAUUCACGCCUCCAGGACAUUCUUAUCAUCGAUCAGUCUGUUAUCCUUUUUUGACGGUGGCGAGAUUUCUGAGAAUGCUCAGGUUGUUGCGUCAGGGUCCAAAGCUAAGUUCAAUUGGAGAAGAGCGAAGGAUCCUGCUCAUCUUGUGAUUAGUGAUGAUAGUAAUGGAGAUCUUUCCAGAACUAGCAGUAGCUGCUUCUCUUCAAUGCCGGAUAUGGCUGAACGAGACCCUUCGUGCGUGUCAUGUACCACUUUCAAUAUUCUUGCUCCUAUUUACAAACGACUAGAUCCUCAGAAUCAGUGCCUCAGAGAAAGUGCCUCCAGAUCAUUAUGGUUGACCAGGAACCAAAGGAUUCUGGAUUGGUUGCUUUUUGAAUCAUCAUCGAUUAUGUGCCUCCAGGAAUUUUGGGUUGGAAAUGAAGAGCUUGUUCAGAUGUAUGAGGAGAGACUUGGGAAUGCAGGGUAUCUUCUCUUGAAGCUUGCUCGGACCAACAAUCGUGGCGAUGGUCUUCUGACUGCUAUACGCAAGGACUAUCUUAGAGUUGUGAACUAUCGAGAGCUGCUUUUCAACGAUUUUGGUGACCGUGUUGCUCAGUUAAUACAUGUUGAGUCAGUUGUCCCCUCUUCACAGAGUCAGAAGGGAUGUUUUCACCAAGAGUUUCUGAUUGUCAAUACACAUUUGUUGUUUCCUCAUGAUUCAAGUCUGUCUGUAGUGAGAUUGCAUCAGGUUUACCAAAUAUUGCAAAAUGUUGAAUUGUAUCAGAAAGAAAACAAGCUUGAACCCAUGCCUAUUAUACUCUGCGGUGACUGGAACGGAAGCAAGCGGGGGCAUGUGUACAAGUUCCUUAGGUCACAAGGAUUUAUAUCUUCAUAUGAUAUUGCUCAUCAAUAUACUGACAGUGAUGCAGAUGCCCACAAGUGGGUUAGCCACAGGAAUCAUAGGGGAAAUAUAUGUGGUGUUGACUUCAUUUGGCUUUGCAAUCCUAACAAAGCACGAAAACCCUUGAAGACAAGUUGGGCUGAAGCUCUAUUUAGUAUAAUAAAGUGCCAAUUAAGAAAAGCUUCAUUGUCAGAAGAUGAUGCAUUUGCCUUUUUGAAAGGUGACAACUGUAAUGAUUUUGUCACAUUCUGUAGUUUCUCUGAUGCUCUUCGUCAGGUGAAGUUAAUUGGUGUGCCUCAUGGAUUAUGCUUCCAAGAGUUAAAGGAUCUAUGGGCUGAAGCAGACAUUGAUGGAAGAGGUGUCCUUGACUUUGAAAAAUUCAAGCAGAAGAUUUGGAAUUCUACAUGGUCAGAUAACAUGUUGGAAAGUCAUAGUAAUGGGUGUCUGGAGGAUGGAAACACAGAAUCUGACGACAAAGCCAUGGGCUUCAAGGUGAAGAAAGCUGUUCUGUUUCCCCAUGAAGUGGAGAAAGGGUUGUGGCCUGAUGACUACUCUCUUUCUGAUCACGCCUGUCUUACAGUUGAUUUUUCACCGGCAAGAAUGCACUGUUCCAGGUUGCAAAACUGAACCUAGCUUCUUGUCUGCGCCACAGAUCGUUCAAGAAAACAUGUUUGUAUGAAUGGAAACAGAUGUAUAGCCUGUAAGAAGACGCUCUCUAUGCUGCCCUGCAUGCAUAUUUGUUUGGAGUCAGCUUUGUGCAGAAGAUAUAUAUAUAGCCAAUUUUGUCUUGGUUCAUGCCAACUUUUUCAGGCCAUGGAAGAACUGUGUAUAGGUAUUUUUAUUUGUAAUACAAAAUGUAUUCACAAGCUGGAAUUAGUUCCUGCCUACUUCCUUUGAACUUACUGCAAUUGCUCAGCUCAAUUAUGUGCCUAAAGGUGAAAUUCUAAAGUUUCCUUCUAGUUA